UGUUUGGCGCUCUGCCUUCAGGCCAAUGGGAUAGACGCCCCGGGCGGGCCCUGUCGCUUCGUGAUGACGGCAUCCCUCUCUUUUUCCGGAAGCGGAAGGAGGUUGAGAUGGGGAAGGCGCCGCUGGGGCGACGAGUCUGGGGCUGUCGCCCGUGAUUGUGGGGCGGGGAUGGCAGGUGCCCGGGGCGGCCCCUCCCUCCUCCAGGGUGGCGGGGCUUGGGAGCGAGCCUUGGCGGAGUUGCUGCUGGAGUUUUCGAGGGCGCAAUACCGGGCCCGGGAUGGAGGUGGGGGAAGCAGUGCCGGCCCCGCAGCAGGAGGAGGGGGCGGUGGCAGCGGCGGCGGAGCCGGGAGCAACACGAAGGUGGAGCGUAUUGAAAAAUGCUGCCUUGAGUUGUUCAGCAAGGACUAUUGCUACAGCCUGAUCCAGAAUGUGAAUGGUGAAAUCUGCAGCCACUACCCCCGGCAGAUCAUCUUCUUGGAAUAUGAGAGCACUGAUCAAGAGAGGCAUGUGUAUGAGAGCACAAUCCAAGUCGGCAAGCUGCAGGACCUCAUCCAUCGCAGUAAAAUGGCGAGAUGCAGAGGGAGGUUCGUCUGUCCUGUCAUCCUCUACAAGGGAAAGCACAUAUGCCGCUCAGCCACCUUGGCUGGAUGGGGAGAACUGUAUGGGCGGACAGGAUAUAACUACAUUUUCUCAGGGGGCUCAGAUGAUGCCUGGGCGGAUACUGAGGACCUGUCAGAAGAGGAUUCAGCCUUCAGAAAUGCAGACUCGCAGCUGUUCGACAAGGUCCGGGGCCAUGACAUCAAGCUGUUGCGAUACCUGUCUGUCAAGUACAUCUGUGACUUGAUGGUGGAGAACAAGAAAGUGAAGUUUGGCCUGAAUGUGACGUCUUCUGAGAAGGUGGAUAAAGCUCAGCGCUACGCCGACUUCACCCUCCUCUCUGCCCCAUACCCAGGCUGUGAAUUUUUCAAGGAGUACAAAGAGCGGGAUUACAUGGCGGAGGGACUUGUUUUCAACUGGAAGCAGGAUUACGUUGAUGCUCCACUCAGCAUCCCUGCUUCUCUGACGCAGUCACUGAACAUCGACUGGAGUGAGUAUCAGAGCUGGGACCUGGUGCAGCAGACGCAGAACUACCUGAAGCUCCUGAUCUCUAUCAUCAACAGGGACGAUGAUGGUGGGCUCCUGGUACACUGUAUAUCCGGCUGGGAUAGAACACCUCUCUUCAUUUCCCUCCUGCGCCUUUCCCUGUGGGCUGAUGGGCUGAUCCACGCAACCCUGGAGCCUGCAGAGAUUCUCUACCUGACAGUGGCCUAUGAUUGGUUCCUCUUCGGGCAUAUGCUGGUGGAUCGGCUCAGCAAAGGAGAGGAGAUUUUCUUUUUCUGCUUCGAUUUUUUGAAGCACAUCACCUCCGAGGAGUUCUCCGCCGCCAAGCCGCUGAGAAGGAAGAGUCUGCCCCCUGGAUUUACAUUGGAAGAGAUCUGCAUGCUAAAGCAGAGGGACCGGGGCAGCACCACCAGCCUGAGCAGUGACUUCUCUCUCGUGAUGGAGAGUUCUCCUGGGGCAGCAGGGAACUUCACCUACGAAGCUGUGGAGCUGAUGCCGGCAGGCUCCCAAACGCAAGCUGCUUGGAGGAAAAACUGCGCGUCCUCUCCCCAGACAGUGCUAUGGAGCCGGGCUCAGCAACCUGAGGAUAAAUCGCCGUUUCAGAACGUGCUGGAAGCGAGGUCUUCCAGCUCCUCCUCUUCCAACCACUCAGAGAACUUCUCCAGGCUGGGCAGCAGUCCUUUGGAAGUUCCCAAAGCCAGAUCGACCGACCACUCGCUGCCCGGAUCCUCCUUCUCAACCGACUUUGGCAGCUGGCAGAUGGUAACGGGGAGCGGCAGUGUGCAGGAGCAGGCAGACCCCGCCCUCCCCUGCAGCUUCCCAGACGACCUCCCUAACAGCUGCCUGCUGGUGACACUGACGGAGCGGGAGUCUCGGCUGGAUGAGGUGCGUUCGGCGUUCCUAGCUACCUACAGCAGCACGGUGGCCCUGAAGCCUGUCUCUCCUAGCCCCUCAGGGGCCAUCGGGGGCCUGCUGGAGCAGUUUGCCCGGGGCGUUGGACUGAGAGGAAGCGGCAUCCUUUGACCUCACCCGGCACAAGCGGCUUUCUAGUCUGAAAGGCUGAAGGAACCUCAAAGCCAUGUGAGCCCAGAGUCUCUGGCCUUAUUCUCGGCUGGCUGCUGCCAGCCCCACUGCCUCUCUGCCAGCCCUUCUGGGUCCAUCACUGACUGAAAUCACAGCCUCUGCUGCCUGAGGCUGGGCUGGCUUCUACUGGAAGGUGGGGUUUCCUCCCCCAAAAUCAUGCAGGACUUGGCCAGCUCUGACAAAUCACCACAGUAAAAUGUGUCAAAAUAC